GAAAAUAUUCUACAAUUUAUUUUAACUUACCCAAAAAAAGUUAGGUUAUUCAUAUUUAGAGAAAAAUAAAUUGGAAUUUGAUUGGUUAAAUGAUACAAUGUCAAAUUUACAAUUUUCUCAUUGAUAAACAACCAAUCUGGUGAACGAUCAAAUCCUAUAUAAAGUGAUUUGAGUGAAAUCUAAGCAUUUAAUAUUAUAUGAAAUGAUGGAAUAUUGUUCUAUAUGAAUAAUGUUCAACUACGAAAUAUAAAUUCACUUUACUUAAAGAAAGUCUGUUGCAAUCCUGAUUGUACUAUCGCUAUCAACAUUCUUGAAUUAUGAAUGGCACUCUGGUCAGUGUCAAAUCGCUUACUCCAACAUGGAAUGAAAGAAGACAUAAACUUCUAUUGUCUCUGAUAACUUUUGGAAUUAUAUUAAAUAUCAUUUUGCUGGUGAUCACAUUCAUCACAAAGAAUUUAAUCAGAAGGGGUCUUCAACAUUCAGCCUCAGCCUCAUCGAAAUACAACAAAUUGAUUAGGGAUUCGGCGGACCGAUCUCAGUCAAACAAGUACACAUUCCCCGCUUUCUUUUUAUCAAAGUGUUGUGUAACUUCAAAUGAUGACGAACAAAUCAUCGCUCCACCCAACUCCACAUAUUCCUGUUGUGAAUUUGAAGUCAACUGGGGUUGUUGUAUUUACAAGACUGAGUGUCAGUCUCGAUGUUUUACAAAACCCUCGAACAUAUCUCCAGCUGCAACCAACAUGGAGCUAGAGAGGCUUAAAAAUUAUUCCAGUAGUGAUAUGGAUGGUAAUUCUGUCAAUGUGAUCGAAGAUUCUCCCAGAAAGAUUCAGAAAAAUCCCACUAUAUGCAUAAAUAAUUACUCCAUGACGAAACCGCUUGUAGAUCAAUGUGAAACUUCGUCGAUUUCUCGAAAUUCGACGCGACAAUCAUUUAAUCGUGAUCAUUUAUACACUGAGGUACACAAAAAUAGUGAAUACACAAAGUCGAAUUCCUCGCUGUCAAUGACAGGACCACCAACCGAUUUUCGAAGCUUGUCAACAUCCCCACCAGCAUCUCCACCAAAGAUCAUCACAGAAAAUGAUAACUGUACACUAGAACAUACAAAUUGGCGUAUUUUUUGUUUUUUAACACAAAUUUUAGCAUUUGCUCAAAUCGGUUAUUUGAUAUUUGAAAACCUCCUACCAUGGAUAUCAAAUUUACUAAUCCUCUAUCUUGGUUUUGGUUUGAAAUUGAAACUAAAUAUCAACUGCCGACUAAAACGUAUGUUCGGUGCAUUUUUCUUGUUAUUCGAAGAAUGGAGCCUGCUGCUAUUCGGUAUUGAACGUGUAUGCAAAGUGCUGUUCAGUGUACAUUCCGUCAACCGGAGCUGUCAUCCAACAAACUUUUGUCUCAUCGAGCAUAACCGAUGUAAACUGCAUUCAUUAUGCCUGAAAAUCAGUACAGGAUUAUUUAUAGCGUUAAUCUUUGCUGCCUUGUGUAACUAUCUAUGGGUGUUUGGUCAGUUUCACUGGAUCAACACUGUGAAAUAUGUCGACUCAACAAAGAAUAUCACUCAAGUGGAAACUGUCAGUUGUGAUGUCAGAUCAGAGUAUUUCAGAUUCUAUUAUACCUUUUUAAUUUACAUGGACCCCUUGUUCACUUUUAUUAUUCCACAUCUGUGUUGCAUCUCCUUCUCUAUCAUUAUCCUACUCCAUUGUUGCCUUAAACCAUUCUGUCAAAGACCGGCUACCACGCCGAAUACCACCAACACUUCUAAUACUACUACUACUACGGUAGUGGGAAGCAAUUCUGUGGAUGGAGUACGUUUACAGAUGGUGCCCAGAUCGAAUUUAAAUCGUGUGUAUAAUUUAAUUGAUUAUAUGAGUACAACAGUAUUUCUAAUUGACUGUAUGUUAAUUGUAACAUUGAAAUUUUGGCGGAAUAUUGAAAAAACAAUGAUGGUAUUUUUCCAUAUCACAUUGGAUACAAAUUAUUUCAUGAUUAGAAAUGAACUGUAUCAUCUUGUCUUCUGCCUGGUACCAAUGACUACAAUCUCCAUGUAUGUUGUAUUUUAUUAUAAAAUCAAAAAGUGUUUUCGAUCACGUCAAAGAUCGUUAGAUAUUUGACUAACUACUUUCGUGUGUGUGUGUGUAUGUGUGUGCGCACGUGAGUUGUUUGCAUAAUAACGAGAACUUUUAGGACAAAGUAGAAUUUUCAGUGGAAUUUGUGGAGCAUCCUCGUAUUUCGUUCCAAUAUACAUACGUCUUCUGAACUGAUGUAAGAAUACGGAUGUAUUUUCUAUGUCGUACACUGUAACUUGUUAGUGUUUUGUAAAUAAACCAUGUUGGCUUGGAUUUCUAAUUUAACUUACAAUGAUUGACAAGGAAUAAUUUGUGUGUACUACGUUAAUUAUUGUCAUUAUUCUCCUGAGUUGUGGUUGCGAAACAGGGUUCUGAUAGAUAAUCCAUUCUUUGUCAUAUUUUCUGUGUUCCUCUCCACCUGGCCUCAUGACUGUCCAUAGUCUGUCACCUUCUACUAGCACAAUCUCCUUCAUAUCAUACUUGGACUUUAAAUUCAUCGUUCCUGCUUCAAGCUUCACUCGAUCAGUGUUUUGAAGAGCAAUAUUACUCGACGUAUUCCCCACCGAGUGUGUACCCUACCUCCAUUUUCUUCGGCGUAUAUUUUGAGCCAUCUGCAUUGGCAAUUUAAUAGCAGAACGGUCGUCAGUCAUAUAGGACAAUCGGAAGGAAUUUCCAUCUUACUCAAUCUUAUAUCUCGUCCAAUUUACUAAGCGAUAGUAAUUCAAAAGCUUUGGAGGUCUGGAAGUCGGAAUACCAGUCUUAUAGCGUGGAAAAGUAUACCAGUUCUAAAAUUGAAAGGGUUAAACCUCUUCCUAUCACUUUGAAAACAAGGAAUGAACAAAGAAUCUUUUGUAUGAAUGAUCUUUGAUUAUAGGUAACUUCGUUUCAGUGAAUGCUUGAAGUGGUCUCUAUUGCUGAAAUUAAACGUAGUAUGUAAGAUGAAGGAGUGGGGACACUGGGAAAUUUUCGAACUUCAAUAACUAGGCCAGUCGGGAUAGGAUGUACUGUUGCUAAUACACUGAUGUACAUGGAUGGUGAUGUUAGUCGAUAUUAAGACAAAUGAAAGAUAGGGUAGUCCAAUGAUUCGUUUUCUAAUCAUUACAAGUUUUGAAUGUUCUUGUGUAUGAUGCAUUCGUAUUUCAUGAAAAUGCCUUGUACAUCUGACCUGGUGUGGGCGAAAUCUCUAUUUUCCUAAAUCCAUCUCUUUGAGAAAUUCAUCUCAUCCCUAUUUACCUGUAGUAUCGUUACGAAAAAAAUACUUUGAAUAAGCAUUAUCUGUACAUAAUGCGAACAAUAGUCUUCUCAUCUUGUAACAGAUGAAAUUAGCUCC